AUGCCUAUAGAUUGUGUGUUUUUAUUCCAGAAGCUCAAUCACUCUACGUACACGGACAAAAUCACUUGGAAGAUGCAUAUGCUAACUCUAUUUUGCCUUCUAACUUGUUUGCUUGGCGUCACCAGCGACUUCGUGUCAAUUACGAUUGGAGUGGACCGCAGACCAUACUCUGACUUCAUGAAUCAAACAAUUGGAUCAACCGUGGAGUUACACUGUAGAAACCAACGUUCGGUUUUUAAACUGGAUUCAGAAGCGGACUGCCGUCUUGACCGAUGGUUCUAUGAUCCCCAAACAAUGGAAUUAACGUGUGUAUGUAAAAUGCGUGACGUGAAGUUCAUGAGCAGCAACUUGAUGCAAGAUGGCGAUUCACCAGCCUUUAUGGCAAUCCCGGAAGAUCGGUUUGCUGAGGCAUAUGAACUGGAAAUUUUAACCACAUCGGACGAUAAGGAUACUGUUCUUAAUCUA